AUGGCUGCAAACCUCACCUCCACAGCAUCUUCGUUAACGCCGGCUCCAACGAUCAGCUCCACCCCCAGCUCAACCGCCGUCCCAAGCACUACUUCAGACCCCGAAGGUGAAGCGGUCCUAGGUACAGGCGCAAUAAUCGGCAUAGCCUGCGGCGGGAGUAUCACGCUUGUCGGCUGCGUCGCCGUCGUCGCCUGGUACUGCCUCCACAAGCGCAAACUGCGCGAACAUGCAGCAAACGGACCCAACAAUCCCACCACGCGCUUUCAUCCCUCUCAAUCUCCACCGCGCCCGCCCUUCGAGAUGGCCGGCAACUCGACACCGCUGUACGCUGGCCAUGCGUCGGCAUACUCGCCUACCGAUAGCAGCACGAGGUUCUCACCAAGUGGAUCGCAGAGUGAGGCUGGGAGGUAUCAGAACCACAGUCAGGCUGGGAUGACGCAGUUGCAUCCGGAGCAGGGCGAUGCGAUCGAGCAAUGGAGAUGGCAAGCUGAAUCCAGAGGCGAGGGGUUUGACAGGGUCGCGGAGUUGCCGGCGAAGAGGGCAACGUUUUUGGAGAGGGAGCUUAGUACUGGGAGUAGGGCGGAUGGGAGGAGUUAUGCGGAGGGAGAUGAUUGGGGGUAUGCGGUUCGGAUGACGCGUUGA